CGAGCCACCAAAAUUAUAAGCCCAUUCCUUCUCAAUAAUUUUGUACAAUGUCACGGGGAAUCACUCAAGUCUUUGUUCAUAAAUCAAUACUUGUUCUUAUAAUCCUCGGAAGUGUUGUACGUUUGAGCUCGAGCGUAGAAGAAGACACCAUUUCAGGCGGUGUUGUCAUCAAAGAUCCAGAAACCAUCGUAUCCCAAAAGCAGAUAUACAAAUUAGGAUUCUUCACUCCUGCAAACACCACCAACCGCUACGUAGGUGUCUUCUUCGCCUUUUCAGAGGAAACCGUGAUAUGGGUCGCCAACAGAGAGAAACCCCUCAAAGAUGCUUCUGGCGCCAUAACUCUAUCCCAAGACGGCAAUCUCGUGGUUAUAGACGGAGCUAAUCAAACCGUCUGGUCCACCAAUCUCACCACCUCCCCCGUCAACUCCACCGUCCAAAUCCUCGACACCGGAAAUCUCGUUUUGCGGGACGUUGCCACGGGAGACACGCUAUGGCAGUCUUUCUCAGAACCUACAGACGUGGUGGUGCCGGGCCUGACGAUGAGCCAUAACGUGAAUACAGGGAAACAGGUGGUGGUGUCGGCGUGGAAAAACGCCAGCGAUCCGGAGAUAGGGAGCUUCACCUCCGGCCUCGACGUCAUAAACGGGAUCCCACAACUUUUCGCAUGGAAUGAGGGGCGGCCGCACUGGAGGAGCGGGCCGUGGAACGGGCUGAUAUUUCUGGGGAUAAAGGAGAUGUUCUACGCCUACUUGGACAGCUACGCUCAAGUGAAGAACGACAGCGCC